AUGCGCGUCUUAGUGGGGGACGAGACCGGUUUGCUCAAGUCCAUUGAGCUCGAGACGAGCGAGCAGCACAUUCUGUCCAGUCGUGAGCAGCCACAGGCGCGUGCUCGAGGGAUUCAGCGUCUGUGCUGGUACGCCAAUGAGCAGCAAACAGUCGAUGGCCAGCGCAAUGUGGUGCUGGCUCGGGCCAAUGGGUGUGUCGAGAGCUACGAGGCGUCGCAUGGCAAGCACCUGAGCGUCUCAAACGAGCUGCAGUGGUCCUGGCUAAUGCAGAAGAAGCCGCAGGAGCUAACGCGUUGUGUCGGACUGGACGUGCUGCGCAAGUGUGGCUCGGUCGUGCAGUGCUCGGACACUGGCGACGUAUUGGUGCGUCGAACGCUGCAGGAUGCGGCAGCACAGACGCAGUUUAGUGUGGGUGGGGACUUGGACAUGAUGAGGCUUGAGCCGGCAAUGCAGACGGUCAUUGGAGUCGGUGGCAAGGAGCACGACCUGAAUUUGUGGUCGCUCGAGACGCAGCAAGUGCUGUUCAAAGCAAAGAACGUGACACACAACAAGCUCGACAUGCGGGUGCCAGUGUGGGUGAAAGACCUGAGGUUCUUGUCCACACCUGGUACGAGCAAUGGACAUCGAGUUGUUGUUGGCACGGGCUACCAAUGCGUGAGGAUCUACGAUACGAACACAAAGAGGCGGCCAGUGCAGCAGCUGGACAAGUUUGGCGAGCAUCCGAUCCAGUCGCUAUGUGUCUCGCCCAACGAGACGCAAGUGUACGUGGGUGACACAGCAGGAAACUUGGAUAUCUUGGACCUGCGGACGCUGAAGCACAUGGGACGGUGCACGGGUCCUGUAGGCUCUAUCCGCGACAUUUCUUGUCACCCGACGUUGCCCUUCAUUGCGGCAGUGGGGCUGGACCGCAUGGUGCAUGUGUUUGAUGUGAAUACGCGAAAACACCGCCACGUGAUCUACGCCAAGCAGCGUCUAAACUGUGUCUUGUUCUGUGCGGACGGCGUCAAGGACGUUCCAGCUGUUGACGACAAACCGGCACGAAAAAAGCAGAAGACGGACGAAGAAGAACUGGAGUUUAGUAAUGAUGACGAGGAAGAGGAGGAGGAAGCGUAUGAGGGGCUAGAAAUAAGCGAUGACGAUGACGAAGACGGUGUCGACAGUGACAAUGAUAGUGGUGACAGCCACGAGCCGGAAGAUGAUAGUGAUUGA